AUGAACAUGAUCGACGUAGAAGACGACAGAUUUCACGUCACACGUGAAGGCUACUCCCAUCUGAAAGACUCAGAAUGGGUGGUAGGCGGCCGCAUGAGUGUGCUCAAGGGCGAACCCGCCAUCAGUGGUAUGUUGGAGUCUCUAAACAAAGACCAGCAUCAUGCUGCUAUCAACAAGUUCUUACAAGGGGAAAUGGCCGUCGAACGACAGAAGACAGCCUUGCUACAGCAGCAAGGCUCUUAUCAGUCGAUGGGCGGGCCGACGCACAUGCGUCGACCCGAAACAUUGAAGAUUGAUAUCUCAAGAUACAAGGGAACCGAUGAAGAUUCCCUUUUGAGAUGGCUCGUCGAAUUAGACGACGCCAUCAGGGCCCGUCACAUCGAGGGUGACGAGAUGCAAGUCACCUUCACUCUGUCAAAUUUGACGGGACGAGCAAAGACUUGGGCCUUAGGGCUCAAGCUUCACGACUCAAACGUGUUUGAGUCGUUGGGGAUCUUUAGUCUUGGCUUAAAGAGACGUUUGAGCCGCCGAGAGCCGAGUUCAGAGCACACUCUGCACUCUUGA